AUGACCCAAAGCAGCACACUUUACAUUUUUCUUGCUGUAAGAAAUGCCUUUUGUUUCCAAAUUGUCAUCGGGAUCACAGCCAACGUCUUCCUGCUCCUCACGUUCCUUCUCAGGUGCAGGACCAGGCCCAUGGACGUGGCCAUUGCUCACCUGGCCCUGAUUCAUCUGCUGAUGCUCAUAAUCAGGGUGCACCUGGACCUGGGCAUUUUGGGGGUUCUGGACUUUUGGAACAACUUCACAUGUAAAGCCAUCAUCUACCUGUACAGUCUGAUGAGGAGCCUGUUGGUCCGCACCACCUACCUGCUGAGUGUCCUGCACGCCACCACCCUCAACCCCAGAAGCUCCUAUCUGGCCAAGUCCAAGCACACGUCCCAACAGUGCAGUGCGUGGACCUUGGUCACUCUCUGGGUGUUCAACAUGUUCUUCAAUGUCCGUGUCUUGGUCUCUAUGGGAGGCUCCCCCAAUGACACAGCAGCUUUCCGGUUUGUCUCUGAGUCCUGCACUGUCGCCCCCACAGGUCACCAGUUCAGGACCUUCUUUUCCACAACAGGAAUACUCCGGGACAUCUUCCUUCUCGGGCUCAUGGUCGCCUCCAAUGGGUACAUGGUGGCUCUCCUGUGCAGGCAUAAGAGGAAGUGCCAGCACCUCCACAGCACCAGCCUGUCCCCGAGAGCCUCCCCAAAACUGAGGGCAACCAGGACCAUCCUGCUGCUCAUGGGACUCUUUGUGCUCAUGUACUUUAUGGACUGUGUGUUCUCCUCCUCUUUGGGACAGAUGUACAGGGAGGAUCCCACUCGCCUGUGGGUCCAGAUGCUGGUGGGCAAUGGCUAUGCUACCCUCAGUGCCUUGUUGCUUAUCUGUGCUGAAAAACAAAUCAUCAACUUAUUCCAAUCCACACUGGAGAAGGAGAGGAAUUGUUUACAUAGUGCCAGAUAA